CCAACGUCCUAAGGAAGACUUUGGAGUAAUAUGUGAACUACACAUCCCCCGGUUUGUUAAAAUGAAUGUCUGGUCCGGCGCACUCUCGCUGGAUAGAGGAGCACAACUCCAAGGCCUACAAUUGAUUGACCGGUCGUCGAACUGGCAACCGGAUAUUACCAGAGACUCGACGCUCAACUUUCGCUGCUUCGUGAAUCCAGCCCUCAUACCACUCUAUGCGCGAUCCGGUCCGAACCUCGAACUUCACACAAAGGACCAGGAGACUUCGCAAUGGCUCAAGGACAAAUUGACCGGUACUAUCUGGCUGGAAGAAGAUGACCUGGAUCGUCUUCAAACCCUCCAGUGUCCUGUUGGUUUGCUUGUAAGAGUUGAGAAUGAUGGACGUGCAAAGACCUCUGGAUCACACACCACCGACUUGCUAGUGCACGGUGUUUUAUCAACCACGACAUCCGAACGACCCCCAACCCCGCCUGUCUCGUCACCAGAGCAAGAUGAUCAGCCGUCUCAUGUCGUGAGACAGGAAUUGAGGAUCUAUGCUACUCCGAUUUCUGCGUCUCUCAUUAACAAAGCUCAGUCCCUUCCAUCUCCACAAGACUCCGACGGUCAUGGACAAUCUGCUCGGUUUCUGCCAGACAUCUGCUCGCCCAGUCCCAAGCGCAAACGUGUGGCAACACUUUUCGAAUCAGUGGCACAGCAUCAUAAGAGAGUGCGGCAGAAGGGAGGCGAGGCCGUUUCACAAUUAAUGGCGCGCUCGCUCUCCCAGUCAUCUCAGCAAUUGCAAGGUCUCCGAGUCAAACGAGAGUCCGAGGAGCCUUCACUUCCCCAGUUGGACCGGAUCACCUCACAGCGCUCACGGUCUGUAUCUCUUGGAGCAAGCCUCAACGCCAAGCUUCUAGAAUCUAGGUCAGAACAACCACGGCCUAGCAGCAGACGGGGCUACAUUCGCGAAUUCAACUCGCGGAGGGGUACUCCGAACCCGUUCGUAGAGUCUUCCUUGCGGAGAGAAAAAGAACUGUCGCCGGAAUUGCUACCCGAGGGGAAACUUGAGUCUCCAGCAGCGCCCAAGGAUGCGGAUACCAUUGUCACAGAAAAUAAAAACACGAUCACUCGGACAAUCUUGACCUGCAUGCGGCUUUACGGCUUUAACCGUGCGACGGCGCGCUCCGCAAGCUCUAGCAGACCGCAAACCGGGACCGGUAGCCACGAUAUAAUCCCUGCGAGCGGCGAAGACAAGGACUCGCGCAUGACGACGGUGGACUCUUUAAACACCGACGAAGAUGAAUUCAAGGCCAUGUACCAUGCGACAUAUCGUGCAUCAACGUUCGCACUGCGGAAGUAUCUGAAGGAGCCUUCUCCGGGGGGAUCUGGGUCGUCGAAUAUGCCGCCUCUGUUGGAAAAAGCGAAAGCCAUGACCUACAUCGACGAGUUCUUGAAACUAUUCUGUGAGGAGAACUAAGCUUUUCUGAUACAGGUCAUGAUUUAUGAGUUAUGAAGUUAUGAAGUAUAUAGUCCAGCGAUAUUGUUAGAAUGCAAGGAAGUUUAUCCUUGUUUUACCCGUACAAAGAUACAAUCAAU